UUAUGCAGUGGGCUGUCUGUCUCAGCCCAGAUGUAAACAGGAUUCCCCUCAGUGGGAGGUGUCCUUAAACCGGCAAAAAUAAAUAACAUUAAAUAUACACGCAUACGUGUUACACAUACUCACGCACCAUAAAUGUGCAGGCCUGGUUUACCGAAUGGCUAUUUUUGUAGCAUAUUCGUUCGAUUCAUUUUUUGUUAACUUACAAAUGUGCAUAGCAUGAAGAUGUUCCUCCCACGUAUUUAGUUAAUAUUAGACAAACAGUUAGACUAAAGUUGACUACUCAGUUCUUGACCACAAUUUAGUAGCGACAAUUUAACCAGACAUGCACGUGUCAUUUAAACUGGAUAUCAUCGGAAGAAUACAUUGCAGAACAGUGGUGGUGAGAUCUAUGUUGUUGGAACAGGAAACGACAAACUGCAGUUUCAAAGUGAAACGACCAGAAACAACCAGAGGUAAUGUUGGCUAGUCUCAUAGGCAGAUCUAUAGGUGUGGUAAUGUGUAGACACGGUCAGCGGCAACAAUCCAGAAAGUAGUAACAGGCACACAGCAGGAGAUUGUUUGUGAACCAGGCAGAUGGAUAGCCCCUCUUCUAAAGUCAGGCAUCAAACCUGGAUCCAGAGCAGCAAAGAUUCGUGGCACAACCAGAACGUCCAGGACCUACCUGGACCACAGUGUGACCCAUCCUCCAACCUCCACUCAUCCACAGCCACAUCAUUUAAUAGCAUCAUCUCAGAUGGAUGCAGCGAUGGAAAGAUAGAGAGCUGGCUUCUUGGUUGUGGGAUGGGGACAGGAUCAGAGAACGCUGGUGGCCUAAAUGCUGAGCAUACAUGGAAAACUAGCUGUGAUGAUGACCUAAGCCUUGGUGCUGAUGCAUCUGCAAUCAAUCAUGGAGACAGUAAAUCACUAGUAGGCCUCUCACUGUUGCCACCUCCGGGCAACACAUCGAACAGCAGUCCCAGCACUAGCAAUCCACGGCAGAAGCCACCUUCUCUGAACCUCGGAAACAGUAUGGCUUCCAGCUGUCCGUCCUUCUCGAGCAUUAAAACCGUCUCAAGUGUGUCAGAGGUCUUGCAGUCUUGCUCGGAGGACGCGGAGGAGACGCUCUUCCAGCUGGGCUUCGGCCACGACAUGCCGCAGCCCCCCGCACGGGUACCCCCCAGGUUCUUCACCUUCCACUCCCAGCUCCAGGGCAUCAACUUCCGCCUCUUCCUCCAGUCCCAGCUGCAGAGGAUACAAGAGGAGGACCCCAACCUCUCCAUCGCCAGCCGUUUCAGACAAGUGGAAGCCCUCACGGCCACGGCGAACGCGUUCUACUCGCUCUUCUCCCACGUGUCCCGCACGCCUCUGACCAAGCUGGCCCCCCUGGAGCCCAACCUCGCCCUGUCCCCCGUGGAGAAGCUGGACCGCUUCCGCAGCGCCGUCAGCAGUGUCCGUAGCGAGCCGCGCUCCCCGGUGGAGAGGCUGAAGGACACCGUCUCCAAGAUGUGCCUGUACACCGGCGGCGCCCGGCGGGCCUCCGACGGCGCCUGCUCCCCUCUGGCCUCGCCCAGGAGGAGGCGCCGCCCCGGGCUGCCCGAGGUGGUGGACAUCGUCUUGGAGAACGCCAAGAUCAGAGCUCCCAAGAAACUGGAUUUCUUGGAGCCGUCUCUGGAUGUCCAUCCACACAUGGACAAAGAGGAGGAGGAGGAGGAAGAAGAAGAGGAGCCUGUGCAGCAGAUCACUGGGACUGACGUACCGAAGCAGAAGAUAGGCAACACGGGGUGUCACAAAGGAGUGGGGACCGGCGAGCCAUUAGAUAUGGUCGAGUCCGAUCGGACUGGAGUGGAGUCAUCAGACCUUGACAAGAGCAGGUCGGUGAACUCAGUCAGCAUGUGGCCCGAAUCAGGGGAAACUGCUUCUCGAAGAAAGUGGCAGCGUAUUUGCAAAGAGGCGGAUCUCAACCGUGAUGCGACGGAACGAUCGCUUGGUGACGCAGCUGCAAAUUCCCCCCGGGGAAUCAGGGUCAGCCACGACAUCAUAUUCCCAGCGAUAGUUGAGAACUCACAACACCACGCCCUCGUCUGCUGUUCACCGAAAGACUACGGCGACGUCAACCAUUUACCUCAAGUCUUUUCGGGGAGGAAGACCAGUCCUGUGAGGACAUGUUUAGGGCCGUACCGAUCCAAUAAGACCUGUGAACCAUCACCAAGCAGAAGCAGAGGAUGGUCUAUGAACUACUCCGAUGCUGAGAAGGUCUGUCGAUUGGAUUCGGCCGAUCCCCGUUUAAAUAAAUAUGCCAGUCGAGGAGGCCUGACGUUAAGACAUCAACUGGUGCCCGGCAGCAUUCACCCAUCGUGUUGCAACACGGUCACAGGCUGGGAAGAGGACCAUGUCAUAUCCUUAGCGGCACAAGGCCUCGAUCCCAGUUCAAAUUGUCCCAAGGAGGCUCUCCGCAGAGGGACAGGGCAGCCACUCAGUCCAUUGAAACAUCCGAAACUGAAGCACAUCUCAAAUAAAUUAAACCAGGCGAACUCUUUUGAAAUCGAGGAGGUGAGCAGCGCUGGAGAAGAGGAUUUUGGACAGUCCGAAAGUACACAAAUAACUAUAACAAAAAGUCAGUGCAAAGCGGCGAUGUUGGAGCGUGGAGACAGCAUGCAGUCAGACAGCAGCGGCUUCGCCGAGGAGGAGGUCCGCUGCUCUUCAGAGAGGGGUGGGAGCCGACAGGGCUGCUAAACAGACUGGACCCUUGGAUGGCAUCAUUGGUUUAAGAUUCACUAUUUAUUUGAAUAAAAUGUAAAAAGUAUUAUAACUAAACAAAUUACAGCAUGUUUCAAUUAUUUCAUCCUCAAUUAAACCCAGUGCUUUUAUGUGACGAAAAAUAAAAUGUCAUUUUGACAUUUUGGCUAUAUUGCUACAUUUUGCAAUAUGGUACAGAAUGUUUCAAGGGAAACAGAAUUUAGCUCACAUAAUUGAGUCAACACUCUGAAAUUAGAAAAACAAAAACAGGAAUUAUUUUUACAUUGUCAAAGACUGCACGGUAGUUGUGCCAAUGUGUCUGCUAACAUUUAGAGGUAGAUUCAGGAACACUUGGUUGCGAGAUGCUGUGCAAAAGGCAGUGAUUCACUAAGGUGCACCGCCUGUACUGUUUGCCCAUGAAGUAAAACAUUUGCAUCAGAAAAGGUGUUAAUCUACACACAUUGAGGU